AGCGGAGGGGUCCUUCGCUCCUUCCUUCCCUCGCUCCUCCUGACAUGCCAACCCAGCAGUCGGCGGCGUAGCAGCUGCGCGGAAGAUUCCGGCUUUUGUUUGUUUUUUCCUUUGAGUUCAUUCUGAAGCCCCAGAAUGGAAUUUGAGCUCAUGGAGAAUGAUAUUCUGGAGUCACUUGAAGAUCUAGGUUACAAAGGCCCAUUGUUAGAAGAUGGAGCUCUGACACAAGCAGCUUCUGGUGGAGCUAGUUCCCCGGAAUAUACCAAACUCUGUGCUUGGCUAGUGUCAGAGUUAAGGUUGUUUUGCAAGCUAGAAGAAAAUGUACAAGCAACUAACAGUCCGAGUGAAGCAGAUGAGUUCCAGCUUGAAAUGAGUGGAUUACUGAGUGAAAUGAACUGCCCGUAUACAACACUAACUUCAGGAGACGUCACCAAGCGCCUUCUUAAUCAGAAAAACUGCCUCCUAGUGCUCACAUACCUCAUCUCAGAAUUGGAAGCUGCCAGAAUGCUGUGUGUGAAUGCACCUCCGAAAAAAGCCCAGGAAGGUAGUGGCAGUGAAGUCUUUCAGGAACUAAAAGGCAUAUGUAUUGCUUUAGGCAUGUCCAAACCUCCAGCCAACAUAACUAUGUUCCAGUUUUUUAGUGGAAUAGAAAAAAAGUUAAAAGAAACAUUAGCAAAGGUUCCUCCAAAUCAUGUAGGAAAACCUUUAUUGUCAAAACCACUUGGUCCAGUUCACUGGGAAAAGAUUGAAGGUAUUAAUCAAGCCAUAGCCAAUGAGUAUGAAGUCCGGAGGAAAUUAUUAGUGAAACGUCUGGAUGUAACUGUUCAGUCUUUUGGUUGGUCAGAUCGAGCAAAGAGUCAGACAGAGAAAUUGGCUAAAAUCUAUCAGCCAAAACGUGCCACCUUAUCUACUAAAUGUGCUAUAUCUGUUGCUCAUCUCUUGGCUGCUAGACAAGACUUGUCAAAAAUUAUGAGAACUAGCAGUGGGUCUAUCAGAGAAAAGACUGCAUGUGCCAUUAAUAAGGUGUUAAUGGGCCGAGUGCCUGAUAGAGGUGGUAGACCCAAUGAAAUUGAGCCACCGCCUCCUGAGAUGCCACCAUGGCAAAAAAGGCAAGAUGGCCCUCAGCAGCAAAGCAGAGGUGGAAGAGGCGGAUAUGAGUCAUCAUAUGGAGGCCGUGGCGGUUAUGAACAAGGUGGUUAUGACAGAGGAGGUCGAGGAGGAUAUGACCAAGGAGGCUAUGACAGAGGAAGCCGUGGAGGAUAUGACUCAUCAUAUGGAAGUCGAGGUGGCCAUGAACAUGGGGGCCAUGAACGAGGAGGACGAGGACGUGGUGGUUAUGACCAUGGAGGCAGAGGGGGAGGAAGAGGAGGCAAACCUCAAGGAGGCUGGACUGAUGGUGGCUAUCAAGAUGCCAACUAUAGAGAUAGUAACUAUAGAGAUACAGGCUUUCAAACUGGCGGUUACCAUGGUGGUGGCAGCACUGGCUACCAAGGAAGUGGAGGCUAUGGUGGUUACCAGUCUUCAUAUUCAGGAAGUGGAUAUCAAGGUGGUGGUGGAAGCUACCAGCAAGACAACAGAUACCAAGAUGGGCACUCCGGUGAUCGAGGUGGAGGUCGUGGAGGAGGGCGAGGUGGCCGUGGAGGUCGUGGUGGCCGUGGUGGGCAAGGAGGUGGCUGGGGAGGAAGAGGUGCACAAAACUUUAAUCAAGGGGGGCAGUUUGAGCAGCAUUUCCAACAUGGAGGUUAUCAGUACAAUCAGUCUGGAUUUGGACAAGGAAGACACUUCACAAGCUGAGGCUACAAAACUUCAUUUUUAUAGAGCUCAUGUAAUAGACGUCUGUUCAUCUCUCUCUCUUUUUUUCUUUUUAAAUUAGUACCAGACCAUAUAUGGCAGGCUGUUUUGGGAGGAUUAUCUUUGCUUUUGAGUAUGAAAAAAUACAGAUAAGUCUGGCACUGCCUAAAAUCUUUUCUUCUCAAGGACUCUCAGAACUUUAAAGCAGCAGGUGUGGUUCUGUGUGCUAAAAGAAUCUGGAGCCUUGGAGUACAUCUCUUCACACCUACAAUAUGAAAAAUACUAGGCCUUGUCAUUUUUACAUGGACUCGUUGUUUGUUUUAAAAAUCUUAUGCAGUUCAAGGCAGUCUGAAUAUUGCUUUUCAUUUUCUUAGGCAACAAGCUGGCAUCAGAUCUGUAUUGUAAAGCUGCAUAUAAGUCUGCAUAAGUCAUUCUGACAUCAGUUUAAUUUAUGCAUUUGCAACUGCACUAAACUGCAGCCUUCUUCAGUAGUCCUGUGUCUAUUAUAUGAGCUCUAUUGCUGACAACUUGUUCACUAGCCUUAUUUCUCACUAAUCAGAAACACUUUCACAUGUCUACACCAGAGACCCCCGACCAUUGCCAUCCAUGCAAAGGUCAUAUAUCAAACCAAGCUAAGUUACAAACAGAUAGUAUAUGUAGCCCUAUGCUUCAGCAUAAUUCAGACUUACUUUCACCUAGGAUUUCUCCCCUGAUCAGCCUAACUUGAAGUUAGCUAGAAGUAAUGGCAAUCUGAAACUUGUUUUAUGCACGAGUUAAUACCACUGAUCAGAAAAUGCAGAAAGAUUUCAUUUGACAUUUGAUUUAAUGCCCUUCAGCUGAGUUAGUUACAUUUUUCUUUACUGAAAAGUCGCAGCAAUGCGCCUUGCUGGUUUUUGUGUGUCUGCGUGCGUGCGUGUGUGCGUGUGUGUACAGAAACAUUGUCAAGCUGUGAAAGAAAAUGGCUGAAAGUUUGCUAUUGUAUAAAAGGUGAGCAAUAAAAGCAUCUGUUCUCCUA